CGGAAGGGGAGGCAAAAUGGCGUCUACGGCGGCCGGGAAGCAGCGAAUACCCAAAGUGGCGAAGGUGAAGAACAAAGCACCAGCAGAGGUUCAGAUAACAGCUGAACAGCUCUUAAGAGAAGCCAAGGAAAGGGAGCUCGAACUUCUUCCCCCGCCCCCUCAACAGAAGAUCACAGAUGAAGAGGAGCUGAAUGAUUACAAACUUCGAAAAAGAAAAACUUUUGAAGAUAAUAUACGAAAAAAUCGGACUGUUAUCAGCAACUGGAUCAAGUACGCACAAUGGGAAGAAAGCCUGAAAGAGGUACAAAGGGCUCGUUCCAUUUACGAGCGUGCUCUAGAUGUGGACUAUCGAAAUGUCACCCUUUGGCUGAAGUAUGCCGAGAUGGAAAUGAAGAACCGACAGGUAAAUCAUGCCCGAAAUAUCUGGGAUCGCGCUAUCACUACUUUACCAAGAGUCAACCAGUUCUGGUACAAAUAUACUUACAUGGAAGAGAUGCUGGGAAACGUUGCUGGAGCCCGCCAGGUGUUUGAACGCUGGAUGGAAUGGCAGCCCGAGGAACAAUCAUGGCAUUCCUACAUUAACUUUGAGCUGAGAUACAAGGAGGUGGACAGAGCCCGUUCCAUUUAUGAGAGAUUUGUAAUUGUACAUCCUGAUGUUAAGAACUGGAUCAAGUAUGCCCGUUUUGAAGAAAAGCACAGUUAUUUCGCCCAUGCCAGGAAAGUCUUCGAGAGGGCAGUGGAGUUUUUUGGAGAAGACCAUAUGGAUGAGCAUCUGUACGUAGCUUUUGCCAAAUUUGAAGAGAACCAGAAAGAGUUUGAAAGGGUGAGGGUGAUCUACAAAUACGCGUUGGAUCGAAUCCCAAAGCACGAAGCCCAGGAGCUGUUCAAAAAUUACACCAUUUUUGAAAAAAAAUUUGGGGACCGGAGAGGCAUUGAGGACAUCAUUGUCAGCAAGAGGAGGUUCCAGUAUGAAGAAGAAGUGAAGGCCAAUCCCCAUAACUACGAUGCCUGGUUUGAUUACUUGCGGCUUGUGGAAAGCGACGCUGAUCCUGAUGCUGUGCGUGAAGUUUAUGAAAGAGCCAUUGCAAACGUUCCUCCAGUCCAAGAAAAGAGACACUGGAAGAGGUACAUCUACCUGUGGAUCAACUACGCGCUUUACGAAGAGUUAGAGGCGAAGGAUCCAGAGCGGACGAGGCAAGUGUAUCAAGCCUGCAUUGAACUCAUUCCUCACAAAAAGUUUACGUUUGCCAAAAUAUGGCUGCUCUAUGCUCAGUUUGAAAUAAGGCAGAAGAAUCUCCAGUUUGCCCGGAGAGCCUUGGGAGCCUCCAUAGGCAAGUCUCCAAAGAACAAGCUCUUCAAAGGCUACAUUGAGCUAGAGUUGCAACUACGGGAGUUUGAUCGUUGCCGGAAGCUCUAUGAGAAGUUUCUGGAGUUCACCCCUGAAAACUGCACCUCCUGGAUCAAGUUUGCCGAGCUGGAAACCAUUCUUGGCGACAUUGACAGAGCCAGGGCAAUAUAUGAAUUGGCCAUCGGCCAGCCACGACUGGACAUGCCAGAGGUUCUCUGGAAAUCUUAUAUUGACUUUGAGAUUGAACAGGAAGACUACGAGAACACAAGGAAUCUUUAUCGGCGAUUGCUUCAAAGAACGCAGCAUGUCAAGGUGUGGAUCAGUUUUGCGCAGUUUGAGCUCUCAGCAGGGAAAGACGACAGCUUGCCACGAUGCAGGCAGAUCUAUGAAGAGGCCAACAAAACCAUGCGCAACUGUGAGGAGAAAGAGGAGCGGCUUAUGCUGCUGGAAUCCUGGAGGAACUUUGAAGAGGAAUUUGGAACAGAAUCCAGCAAAGAGCGGGUGGAGAAACUCAUGCCAGAGAAAGUGAAGAAACGGAGGAAGCUUCAGGCUGAAGAUGGGUCUGAUGCUGGCUGGGAAGAAUAUUACGAUUACAUUUUCCCCGAGGAUGCUGCCAAUCAGCCCAACCUCAAACUGCUUGCGAUGGCUAAACUCUGGAAAAAGCAGCAAGAAGACGACAACCCAGAGAGGGAUCCAGACAAGGACGCUGAUGAAAGCAGCCCCUAACACUCUGUUGGAAAUUCUACCAUUUAUUUUGUACAGUAGCUUUUGCAGAGGAAUACAAUAAAUAUUUACAAAAAAUGAA